AUGGCUCCACUCAGAGCAGAAUUAAAGAAACAACACUCAAGAAUGGCCUUUCCAAAAGUAAACACAUCAACUACUACAACAUUCAAGAUUAAGAAAGCACAAAUCUUUGAAGAUAUGGUGUUCCAUAGGGGUGAUCUUGUUGAAGUAGCAAGUAAAGAAGAUGGAUUUCAUGGUUCUUAUUUCGAGGCAAUUGUAAUGUGCCCUACUCUCAACAAAAAUAAAUAUAUUGUGCAGUAUAAGACCCUUUUGAAAGAUGAUCUUUCUGGUCCAUUGAAAGAGGUUGUUACCAUCCCUGAACUCCGUCCAGUGCCACCCCAGAUACCGGCGAAUGGGUUUAACUUUUAUGAUCAAGUUGAUGCUUUUGAUAAUGAUGGUUGGUGGGUUGGCAUAAUUACUGGUAAGAUUGGAACUAAGUAUGUUGUGUACUUUGAAACCUUUGAGGUUGAAUGUGUUUAUGAUGUAAGUGACUUGAGAGUUCAUCAAGAUUGGAUUGAUGGCAAGUGGAUUUCUUCGAAAGAGACUGCAAAGAGUGUUUGA